CGACGGCUGGGAACCUGCUCUGGGGCCCGUAGCUGGGCCCGCCCACCGCGCGGGGAGGGCGAGGCCCGAGUCCGGGAGCAGAUCCCCGGCGCCCCCCGCGGUCUCCCACUUGGGCCGCGGUCGGGGGGGCUGGGCUGGGGGCGCGAAGAGCGCAGGCGCAGUGUCGGCCCGCGGCGCCCCGCCUGCGGCCUCUGCGGCCCGGGCUGCGCUCUCCCCCUGGACGCUGUCGGGGCGCCCAGCAGCCGGCCGGAGCCCCGCGCCUUCCUCGCCGCCGCAAGCAGAACUGAUUAUCUGAAGAAAUGGAUACAUCUCCCACCAAAAAAUAUCCAGUUAAAAAACGAGUGAAAAUACAUCCCAACACAGUGAUGGUGAAAUAUACUUCUCAUUAUCCCCAACCUGGGGAUGAUCGAUAUGAAGAAAUCAAUGAAGAUUAUGGAAAUUUCAUGGAGGAAAAUCCAAAGAAAAGCUUGCUAAGUGAAAUGAAAAGAAAAGGAAGAACUCUCUUUGGAACUAUGAAUACCCGACCUCUACCAACAGAAGACCCAAUGGCAAACGAGAUUGGAAAAUUCCAGAGUUUUGCAGAAAAAAAUAUUUUUCAGUCAAGAAAGACAUGGAUUGUGCUAUUUGGUUCUGCUUUGGCUCAUGGAUGUGUAGCUCUUAUCACUAGGCUUGUUUCUGAUCGUUCUAAAGUCCCAUCUCUAGAAUUGAUUUUCAUCCGUUCUGUCUUGCAGAUCUUAUCAGUGUUGGUUGUGUGUUACUAUCAGGAGCCCCCCUUUGGACCCAGUGGAUACAGAUUACGACUCUUCUUUUAUGGUGUGUGCAAUGUCAUUUCUAUUACUUGUGCUUAUACAUCAUUUUCAAUAGUUCCUCCUAGCAAUGGAACCACUAUGUGGAGAGCCACAACAACAGUUUUCAGUGCUAUUCUGGCAUUUUUACUUGUAGAUGAGAAAAUGGCUUAUGUUGACAUAGCUACAGUUGUCUGUAGCAUCUUAGGUGUUUGUCUUGUCAUGAUCCCUAAUAUUGUUGAUGAAGACAAUUCUUUGUUAAACGCCUGGAAAGAAGCCUUUGGAUACACUAUGACUGUGAUGGCUGGACUGACCACUGCCCUUUCUAUGAUAGUGUACAGAUCCAUCAAAGAGAAGAUUAGCAUGUGGACUGCACUUUUUACCUUUGGUUGGACUGGGACAGUCUGGGGACUAUCUACUAUGUUUGUUCUUCAAGAGCCAAUCAUCCCAUUAGAUGGGGAAACCUGGAGUUAUCUCAUUGCUAUUUGUGUUUGUUCUACUGCAGCAUUCUUAGGAGUUUAUUAUGCCUUAGACAAAUUCCAUCCAGCUUUGGUCAGCACAGUACAACAUCUGGAGAUUGUCGUAGCUAUGAUUCUGCAGCUGCUAGUAUUACACAUAUUUCCCAGUGUUUAUGACAUCUUUGGAGGGGUAAUAAUUAUGACUAGUGUUUUUGUCCUUGCUGGCUAUAAACUUUACUGGAGAAACUUAAGAAGGAGGGAAGAUUACCAGGAAAUUCUAGAUUCUCCCAUAAAAUGAAUACCUAUUUAGUAUUAUCUGUUAAUAGCCAG